GUCCCCGCCCCGCCCCCGCGCGCGCCCCGCCCCGCGGCUCAUUUACAUGCGGCCGCGGCCCCGCCCGGGCGGCUAAAGCGACGUGUCCUUGUCCCCCGUGGGCAGCCCCGGCGCGUGCGGCCGCGGAUCCCCAGCUCCAAGGGCCUCCCCUCAGAGCCCCUAGCCCUGGGACCACCAGUCUGGAGCCAUGAAGACCAAGAACCGGCCCCCCAGGCGCCGGGCGCCACCACAGGACACAGCUGCCAGCCCAGGGGAGCAGACACCCGACCGUCCCCAGCCGGGCUCGGGGCCGGAGCCGCCCAAGUCUCUGCGGAGCAGGGCGGCGCGGGGGCAGGGCGCGCGGGCCGAGGGCGGGCGCCGGCGGCCAGGCAGCCGGCGAGAAAGCACCGUCCAGCGGCGGCUGGAGAGCAACGAGCGCGAGCGGCAGCGCAUGCACAAGCUGAACAACGCCUUCCAGGCGCUGCGCGAGGCCAUCCCGCACGUGCGGGCCGACAGGAAGCUCUCCAAGAUCGAGACGCUCACGCUGGCCAAGAACUACAUCAAGUCGCUGACCGCCACCAUCCUGGCCAUGUCCAGCGGCCGCCUGCCAGGCCUGGACGGGCCAGGCCCCAAGCUCUACCAGCACUACCAGCAGCAGCAGGCAGCCGGGGCUGCACUCGGAGCCAUCGAGGCCCAGCCGGAGGGCCACCUGCAGAAGUACUCCACGCAGAUCCACAGCUUCCGGGAGGGCUCGUAGCGCCCAGCCCCGGGGUCAGCAGCAGCCCGGCCCGCUCAUCAUGGCCCUGGGCCCUCCGUGCCGACAGCCCCAGAUGGGUGGGGACACCUCAUGUGGACGUGGCCAGUGUGGUUGCACUUUCCCUGAACACUCAGCCGCCUCCCUGGAGCACGUCCCGGACCCCGGGGUCCAGUCUAGGCCCUGGCUCUGGGCAGCGUGAGGCCCCAACCUCUGCAGGGGGCCCAGGACCCACUCUGAUUGCCCAGGCAGGAGCCGACGGGUCUUCAGAUUCUCUUCACUCCUAACUCCCUCCGGAGGCAAGGGACAUUCCAGGAAAAGGUUUCUUUGGUAAGUUUCCCCGGGUACGCUGAGGCCCAGACCCGGGAAGGGACCUCCUUCAACCUGUGUCGUAGCCGCCUCACUCCAGGUAAACUGAGGCACGGAGCAAGCCAAGCCCGCGGCCAUCUCGGGGUGGCUGAGUCUAGAUGACUGAAAAAUCUUGCUCAGCAUGUCAGAUAGAAACCCUGAUCAGAUUACCUCAGAUGAAUUCUAAAGGGACCUUGGUGGGAAGAGAGGCCGGGAUCUUCCCCUUCCAGCUCCGGGUGGGGGCUCCUGACCUGGGAGGGUCUGGGCCUGGCACCGAGGGGGUGGGGGCCAGGGCAGGGCUGGGCGGGGAGGUGCUGCCGGGCCCUGGCCCCCAGGACGGGCCCAUCCCCAUGCCUUCCUCAGGGUUCCACCCAUGUGUGCUGCUCUGUCACAUUGGUCACUGACACGCCUGGACAUACAACUGGCAAAUGGCGGUCUGACAGGGCUGUAGGGUGUUCUUAGGUCUUGGCUGGAGUGGGCGGCCCUGAAGGAUGGAGCCAGGGCUGCAGGAGCUCUCCUCCCCCACGCUGCUGCUCCUGGAGGCGCAGCGGGCCGCUUGGCAGGUACCCUGCACAGGGCCUGGCUUCCUGCUGUGGGGUUCCUGCCCUGCUGGCUCCGACAGGCUUGGCGACUUUCUCUCAACCCCCGCUGGCAUCUCCCCUGCCGUGUCCCUCUGCCCACAGCCAGUAUGGGGAGGGGACAGGGCCCUUGGCAGCCUCAGGCAGGAACCCGAGUGACAGCGACUGAGGUGAGGGUGGAGUUGGCCUGGCAGGUGGGGCCAGUGCCCAGACCAAGAGCUGUCCCAGGAGCCCUCGGGGGCCAGGCCCCUCCUGGGGCCCUGGGGGUGGGGGCUGAGCCAGGCUGGGAGCAGGCUGCCACAGCCGAGGGCCCCCGCCCCACGUGUGGCCUACCUCCCAGGCCAGGGUAUCCCAGCUCCAGCCACUAGAUGUGCCGCUGGGCUUAGGGUCAGCCUUGGUUGUGUCGGGUAGCAGGGGGCACCCCUCAGAAUGGCCAGGAGCUGCUUCAGUCCAAUCUUUUCAGGUCAGACACUGGCUGGACCCUCCCCAGGUCCCAAAGCCAGGUCCUCUGGAAGGUGGGCCCAGGAGGCCUGGUCUGGUCCAGGCCCCAUCCUCCUAGCUGCCUUUGAACACGGGUCAGGUGGGGACCCCAGGCACUCGCGGCCUGCCCCUCAGGGACAGUCUCUCAGGAAGGCCAGGAGACAAUCCAUCAGGAGGGCCACUCCAAGCCAGGGACAGUGGGGCCCACAUGUCCCCUGCUGCGGGUGGCCUGCCGGCUGGGACACAACCAUACAAACCUGGGGACUGUUGUUUCGGCCAAGCCAAGGCCAGAGCAGGGCUCCGUGCACCCCUGAGCUUGCUGAACCAACUCACAAACUGAGCCAAAAGCUGCAGGAGGGGUGCCCAGCAGGUUGUCCUGAGAACCAUGCCUGAUGACCAGGGGCAGCAGGAGGGCCUGGGGGCUACCACCUUGCAGGAGUGGCCUUCAGGGCUCUUUUGGUCCCAAACUGGCACCUGCAUGCCCUCUGCUUCUCAGAGGGUGACCUGGGCCCAGAGGUCCAGACCCUCUUCAUCUGAGGCAGGUGGGCAGCUGCAUACCCCUGCGGGCGCAUCGCAGGGAAGCCUUAAAGGUCCCAGCCAAGUUUCAGCGUGUUAAAUAUGGCGGUGGGAGGUGAGGGGACAGGUCUGGUGAUGGGCUGCUGAGGCCUGCUGCCAGGUCUGCUCCCUCGACCCUCGUCUCGGACCCCUCUGUCCUCCAAGGCGUCCUAUGUCAGAGACACACUCUCUGAGCCCUGGUUGCCUGGGACACACCUGCCUGCAGACCAGACCUGAGUGAGCUCUGGACACAGAUUCCCACGGACUUAAGCUGAGAAACCAGACCUGGGCUUCUUCUGUCUGGGAAAACCUACCAGGAACUGGGUGCCCAGCCCAGCUGUAAUUGUGAAUAAUAAUAAUUGUUUUAAAUGA